UCUUAUUACGUGUGUUUUGGCUCAUUCUCUCAUCUUAUUUUUGCAGUUUUUGAUUUGUUUCGUUAUGCAACAAAAGCGUGGCAGUCAGUCGGCUCUUCGUCUCCGAGGGAACCCGACCACUCACUUUUGCAUGUUCCUGAAAGUAAAGUCGGCCGGAUGCAGUUCCGGCGAUGCUCCGGUUUACCUGAAUGUGUAUGACUUGACAAAUGCUAAUGGCUAUGUUUAUUGGGCUGGUUUUGGUAUCUUUCACUCCGGAGUUGAAGUUCAUGGUGUGGAGUAUGCCUUCGGAGCUCAUGAUUACCCGACCAGCGGUGUGUUCGAGGUUGAACCUCGACGGUGCCCCGGCUUCAAGUUUAGGAAGACGAUUUCCAUGGGGACGACAUGCUUGGAUCCAGUUCGGCUACGAGAGUUCAUGGAACGGCAAUCUGCAAGCUACAAUGGUGAUACAUACCACUUGAUUUUUAAGAACUGUAACCAUUUCUGUGAGGAUAUAUGUUACAAGCUGACUGGGAAACAGAUGCCAAAAUGGGUGAAUCGACUUGCAAGAAUUGGUUCAUCAUGCAACUGCAUACUUCCGGAGGCACUUAAAGCUACUGCAGUGCGCCAUGACCCCAAUUUCCAAGCUGAUAACGAAAAGAAGAGGCUAAGAAGUGCCUUCAGCUGCUUAUCAUCAAUCUCGAUCCCUCAUAGGGAAGUAUCGAUGUCGUCACUCUUUUUACACUCUCACUAUAAAGGCUGUCUACCACCAUGGGAACUAAAGCGAUCUAAAAGCUGCUCAGAUCGUCCCCCUCAAAAGUUUUGAAGCAUCAGAGAUCGUCAUAGUCACUUGAAGGGCCAAAAUCCAUACUGUUAACUGUAAGAAGUGCAGGGUUUCAAUAUUUUCUUCCAUCUUUCUUUAACCCGCGCUUGUUGUUGAUGU